UUUACUAAUAAAAAUCUUAAACCAAUGAGAAAACAAAAUUAGUAGUCCCCACAAAUAAAAUUGAAAUAAAAACUAAAACUAUUAAAAUAAAAAGUCGGUUAAUAAUGAGUAGGUGUGAACAAAUGAGAGAGGAGGAGGAUCAGCUUUGCUUUUGUUCCCUUUUCUCGUCUCUGCAGCUUCCUUGUUGUCAACUUCUGGAAGCCUUUGAUUGAUUGCAACUUCUAUCUCCAUUCUCCUGCUCAUUUAAUAUUCCAAUUAAUAGUCAAUCUCGUCGAAUCUUCAAUUUUUUAAAGCUUUUGGUCAAAUCAAAUGUAAUGCAAAGACAGACCAAAACCUCCUCUUCUUCUUCUUAUAUACUUCCUCUCCUACAAAAUCUCUAUUUACUUCCAUCUUCUCUGCUAAAGACCUUUCUUCACCAUUCCCAAUUUUCCGGUAACUCUCUCUUUCUCAUGUGUAUGACAAAAAGUUUAUAGCUUUGAUCGUAAAAUUCGGUGCUUUAUUGUUCUAGCUACAGAGAUUUUUUGUGGGUCUGCUUUGAUUUCUCAAUAACGAUGUUCCAUAAUAAAGUUAUGGUUUUUUGUUUGAUUCGAGUUAUUGUUGUGGCCUGUGGGGAUUGUUUGGUACAGUGGUUUAUGUAUAUGUUUUGGUAAAGUUGUCUUCUUUGUUUCUCUCUCUUUUGGUGGAAACCAGAUUGGAGUUGUUGAACUAUAUGCUAGUGUUUGAUUUUUGUAACCAUUUUGUUUAUUAUUGAUUUGAGGUUCUAAAGUCUUGACCUUUUUUGACAUACCCUGAAGUGACUUUGUUGAACUCGAGAAGCCACAUUUUUCUUGUUUCUGAUUGAAUCUAGAUAUUGAUUAAGCUAUGGAUGUCAAUCGGAAAGCUCACCCGGAUUGUCGAUAUUCUUCAAAUCCUUUCCAUGAAUGUGCUUCAGAUUGUUUAGAGAAGAUCUCUCAAGGCCGUGGAAAUAAGAAUUCAAAGAAGCAAGGUUCAAAGAUUCUUAGCCUUCCGGGGAGUUUUGGUAAGAAAAAGACGGAGUCACAGCCACCGUCACCCCUGAGUACAAGGAACUAUCAGAAUGGUGCUGCUAAUACCCCAAAGGUUCGUCAAUCAAGACCUUCACCAGUAGCUAUGAAGAAGACGCCAGUUCCAGAAGCGAACAAAUCUUUACACUCUUUAUCGUCUGAUGGAAUCUCUAUUGACCUCAACGGUCAGAAUGAUUCUUUUAACCAUAAGCAGGAGAAGCCAUCGCGAACUGUUCCUCUAUCCCCAAACAGCAUGGCUGAUCGUGGGAAACCCUUAUCACCACGACCUCAAGGGCAUGAACACAGUGGCAAGAAUGACACAGCCAGUGAGAUUAGUUUGUUUAAUGUUGUAAGCCCUCCAAGAUCAUGCGCCAAUGAUGAUGAUGAUGAUGAUGAUGAAAACAAUGGUUACGAGGAGGGAGUGGAGUUAGACCUUAUAUCAGUAAUGUCAGACUCAUGUGUUUCGGUUGGAAAAUACCGUGUGAACUCAAGUGUUUCCACAAUCCUACAGUCAAUCAUUGAUAAACACGGAGACAUAGCAGCAAACUGCAAGCUAGAAUCAGCAUCAAUGCGAUCCCGAUACCUAGAGUGUCUAUGCUCAUUGAUGCAAGAACUUGGAUCAACCCCGGUGGGUCAGUUAACCGAACUAAAAGUAAAAGAGAUGGUCGCGGUUCUCAAGGACUUGGAGUCUGUGAACAUCGACGUUGGCUGGAUGCGUUCGGUUCUUGAGGAGUUUGCUCAGUAUCAAGAGAACACAGACUCAGAGAAGGAGAGACAAGAAGGAUUGGUGAGGUCUAAGAAACAAGAAAUGGAGAUUCAAGAAGCUGAUUUGGCUCGGAUUGAGAAGGAAGUAGCGGAGGCGAGGUUGAGGGUCGAGGAGAUGAAAGCAGAGCUCGCUGAGCUCGAGACAGAGCGGUUGCGGAUGGAGGAGAUGGGAUUUAAGGUCGAGAAAUAUAAAGGGAAGACGUUUCUUGAUGAACUUCUGUGAUGGUUGUUAAUAUAGAGUAAACACAAUACUCCAGAAGAUUAAUACUAAUGUUUAGUUUAUGUUUGAUAUAUAAGAUGUUCUUUAAUAGUCAAAACCUGAUCUGAGUCAUUAAGGUGAAGAUUCACCAAAGAGUAUUAUUUUCUUGUUUAAUUCUUUUGGUGAUAAUAAAUUGUUUCUUCUUUUUAUUUAUUUAUAUUUGCAUCAAUAACUCAUAUAGUCAUAUUUAUCUUGUAUUAUUUCUG